AAUUGACAGUGACAGAUCAUUUGAUUCGACAAUUAAAUCGGUGAUUUUCGUAACGGAGAAGGUUUAUCACAGAUUAAACUGAGCAAUUUGUAUGCACAAAAUUAGAGACAGGUAGUUAAAAUUAACAACACAGAUUUGUUGUGUAACGUUAGAAAAUUUAACGUUUCGAUUCGUCGAAAACGCUUGUUAGUGUUGUGAUCGGGUUUCUUAAGAAAGUGUUAUGAUUCAGUGUUUAUGGAGAUGCGCGAGCGCGUGUGCAAUCGAUUUUUAGUGUUUAGUGUUCGUUAGCAAGAGCAAUGAGUGUUCCUAAUUUGAGCGCCGACCAAAUUACAGAAAUCGAAGCCGCCGAAGCUUGCAAAUGGCUGCGAGCAGCUGGUUUCCCCCAAUAUGCGCAGAUGUACGAAGACCUCCAAUUCCCAAUCGACGUCUCAGGUGUUCAAAACGACCACCCCUUCCUAGAUGCAGACUCUCUGCAGAGUCUCUUCAGGCGCCUAACUGCACUCAACAGAUGCGCCAACAUGAAAUUGGAGCAUCAUCACCAUCAAAAGAGAUCGAACGACUCUGACGAUGAGCAAUGUGCCCUGAGUGAUAAGUGGCAGUACGAGAGAAAAUCAAGAAGAUGGUCAAGAGUAGUCGAAAUCACACCGCAAGCGCAGAGAAGACUACAGGUUAUCGCAGCUCGUGCACUCGCAGAAAGAGAAGCUAGAGAAGCAAGAGGCGAAAUUGAAGAUGACGAAGAUGAAACGCUUCCUACAAUUAGAGUGGGUCUGGUAGAUGCCGAUGGACAUUAUACGGAUGUUGAACCGGAUCUAUUAACAGUUCCUGGUCAGACACAUAUUCAGUUACCAAGCGAUAAAGAAGAUGAGGAUGAUACGGGCACAAGAUUCCGGCGGACGGGUUCAGAAAGGUUGCGGGACGGGGCUAAAGCCUUACUUCGACGAGUCGAAUCUCUUAAGACAAGAAGAAGAAAACGCCAGAAUAGGACAGAAGUUAUCGUAUCGUCACCGCAUUUUUUAGAUGCUCAAGACAAAUAUCCAGAACUAAACUAUAUAGAUAUGACACCGACGACUCCGUCAGCCUUUCCAUUCCCUGACUUCCAUAGUUCCCCGUUACAUGCACCAGCAAUAAGAACCCAACCCCCUUCUCCUAUGACGAUCAUGCCACCUUCGCCAAUAGCUCCUCUUGAACAAUCCUUUAUUUUACAUACACCGUUUGGAGACGACAGCUCAAGUUACGCAUCAGACGGCAGUAUGGGAUCUAGCAAUAAAAGUUCUAAGUCAAAAUUAGGUAAAGCAAAAAGGAUAUUCCACAGAGGGUUGAAGGGUGAAGAUUCGAGUGCCCUGAGUGAUUCUGAAUGUCAACCGGCAAGCUGGAGGCAUAAUUAUUAUAAGGAUCAAAUUACGCAUCAUACGACAGAGGUAUACGUAGAACCAUCAUCACCGAUGGACCUGAAGCCGGAUCCAGAAAUUCUGCGGGAAGUCCAAAAGUCACCAGGACACACACCACAUCGGCGACAAGCGAUCAGAACAAGUUCGCUGAAUUUGGGAAAAGAUGGCCAAAAUUUUUCCACAUACAGAUUUCGCGAUAGAAGUUUGAAAAGGGACAAGUCUGCAUCAAGAAGUUCAGAGAUGGACAGCAGCCCCAACUCAGCUGGAUCCAGGUCACAGGAUGGCGACCAGGAUGAUGACGAUGACAGCAUCGACAUGAAAUCUAAAAAAAAUAAUAUUCAAAGGUGGUAUUCAUUUAGAACGAAUACGCUCAACGGUGGACCGAAAGCGAACAACACGUUGCAGCCGGCACCAAAUCAGAAAAACCCCGAGGCCUAUUUAUCGAGACCAAUGUCAUCUCUAUCCUGCGGCCAGUUGCACAUUUUACGGAAACUCGCUUUACUACGUCUGACAGCUUGUAUGGAACGGUACUGUCCAUCCCACAAGUCCGGGUGGAAUUGGGAACUACCCAAGCUAAUUAGGAAGAUUAAGACACCGGACUACAAAGACAAAACAGUAUUCGGAGUCCCUCUUACCGUGUCACUGCAGAGGACCGGGCAUUGUCUACCAAAGCCGAUUCAGUGUGCCCUCAAUUGGUUAAAACAUAAUGCCAUGGAUCAGAUGGGUAUAUUCCGGAAGGCGGGAGUGAAGUCUCGGAUAGCGAAACUCAGAACGAUGGUAGAAACCGCCGGUUCAGCUAACGCGGCAUUUGCCAUAGAGAACAUGAACACCACAGACCCAACACAUUCCAGCCUAAACUUCGAAGGUGCGCAAGCGCAUGACGUGGCAGAUAUGGUCAAACAGUACUUCAGAGAGUUGCCUGACGCUCUAUUAACGAAUAAAUUGAGUGAAACUUUUAUCGCUAUAUUUCAACAUGUUCCAGAACCGUUAAGGCCUGACGCAGUACAAUGCGCGUUGCUUUUGUUACCCGAGGAACACCUCGAAGCGCUACAAUCAUUACUUAUAUUUUUGGCUGAGGUGGCAGAACAUUCCGCAGUUAACCAAAUGACAGCAUCAAAUCUAGCUGUGUGUUUCGCGCCAACUCUUUUACGGCUACAUCAUACUAUUCCUCACACUGGCAGCACCAAAGAAGGCAACUCGAAUAGGACGAUCAUAGAGAGUGUAGCAGAUCAACGCCAGAUUAGCGAGAGCAGAGCAGCUCACGCCUGUCUGCUGCUUCUUAUACAGAAGCAUCAGCAACUGUUCCUAGCACCUGCUGAUAUGCUUGCUAGGUGCAAGUUCAACUACUUUGAGGAAAGCGUACCAGUCGCCUUAGAGGAGUUAGGUGCAGAUUUCAAUCAAGACUGGAAAGGUUUCCAGCAAGCCUGUAUUAAGGCGCUAUUAAAAGAAGCCAAAGAAAAAACGCGCGGUUGGAUGUCUGUAUCGGGGGCUGCAUCGCACGUGGAGCUGUGCUGCAAAAAAGUGGGUGAUGGACAUCCGCUGAGACUCUGGAGGGCCACUACUGAUGUUGAAGCGCCGCCUCAGGAGGUUAUGCAGAGAAUACUCCGUGAGCGGCAUAUUUGGGAUGAUUCACUGAUCAAGUGGAGAGUCGCUGAGAAGUUAGGGCCCACUGCAGAGAUUUUUCAGUUCAUCACUGCUUCCACCUUCAAUUUACCACCGAGGGACUAUUGUGUUUUGAGAUCGUGGCAGCAAGGCGGCGGCGGCGGCGGAUGGUGCGCCGUGGCAGAGACCUCUGUGGCGCACGGGGCUGCUCCCACCGAAGGGUCUAGGGGAGUCGUCUUGGCCUCGAGGUACUUAGCCCAACCCGCAGGCAAGGGGCGAAGUCGUCUUGUGCAUUUGGCUAGGGUUGAUACUAUGGGCAGGACACCCGAAUGGUACAACAAAUGCUACGGCCAUAUUUGUGCUCUAUACUUAGCUCGUAUUCGAGCCUCAUUCAAGCAUAAUACAGAAGGACCCGAGUCUAAUGUAUGAUCCAAGCAUUCCACUUAAGUUUGGUCCAUAUUGGCAUCAACUUAAGUUAAGCCUUGAUUUAGGGCUAAUUUUGUCUGUUGUUUGUUGAUAUUAUAAUGUAUAUAUCAAACGUCAAUACUCUAUUCACCCUUUGGUAUUGCCAGCUCUGUUGUAACAUCGUCGAAAACGUUAAAUUAUAGGGAAAGUUUAUAAUUGAUAGUACUUUACUAAAGAAAUGGGUAAUUAAGUGACAUGGUUUGCGCUAACUCCCGCUGAUUGAUGUUUCUUUACGAGUUUUCUUAUAUUCAUGUUAAAAUGUAGUUAAAUAUAAUAAAUUAUAAUAAAAUAUCUAAGAUGAGAAAGUUCUAUAUUUACUAUGAAAGUAAAUUGUCAAAGUGACAAAUUGUAUUGCGCGCUAUUCGAUCGAGUUGGCCGAGGGCAAUUACGCAGCGUUACCCAUUUCUAUUAUGGUUAAUCUAAAAAUUGCAAUAAAUUAAAUGCAUAAUAUUUUUGUCGAAGUAUCUCGAUUAGGUUAGAAUAUUUACCUACCUCUAAUAAUUCAAGUUUUAUCUUAAUCCCCAAAUGGGACCUACCAAAAAUCCUGACUGCGUAUUUGACACUUAGUUUUAAAUUACUCCCCUUUGGUGCAAAAUGUAAAUAUAGCGUAAAGAUAUAUUACUUUAACAUCACAAAUUACCUAUGAUGGAUGUAAUCUCAGUUAAAGAUAUUUUACCAUAAAGUUAUCGUAACAUAUCGCUAGUCAUAAUAUUAUAUAUAUAUAAAAGUUUGAAACAUUAUUCACCGUACCUGCCUGUGUUCAGGAAAAUAUAGUAUUAUAACAAAUAAAAUGUAAUCAAUCAAUUAAAAUGCACUCUUCUGGAAUCUUGGAAUUUUAAUAUUAAUAUAUGUUGAUCUUUUAUGAUAUUUUAUUGUAAAAAGUCUGAUUGUAAAUAGAUUUACGAUAUAAUAAAUAACGUGAACAUCACAAACUAUUUUAAAUUUUGUAGUUAUUUAAGACGCCGUUCGCUUUAUGAAGAAUGACAUUUCAUUUGCCCCAUUUUCAAGACCCUCACCGUCUACAUGUGAAAAUCUUUAAAAUAUGUACUGGAAUCGGGUGCGCUCUUUAAAAAGCAACGGAAUGGAAGCCAAAUAUCACAUUAUUAUAUUUAAGAAAAUUGUAAAUAUGAUGCAAUGAUAUUUUGAUGUAGUAAUCUCAAAUAAUAAUUUAUGUGUUGUUAGUUACCUGUGGAAUCACAAUUUUAAUUAUAUUUAAUGUUUGGUGCCCCUAAUUGUAUUUUGCAACUAAAGUAUAUUAGUACAAAAUUAUAUUAAAUAAAACCGCACUUUUAAUCUCUUCAUAGAAAGAAAAUUGCCAUACUUCAUCAUCAUUCCGAGUUUUAAGAAUGAAAAAUAGGUACUUAGUAAAAUUAUCAUUCCAUACACUUACACUUUAUAUAUCUACCUUAUAUACGAACUGGACUUUAUUAAGUAACCUAUUAAGACUAUAACCUACUCAGAAAUAUUCAUAAUAAUUACUCGGUACCCGCCUAAAAGUAUGCGAAAAAAUAUUGAAACAGGUCUCCUAUGUAUAAAAAUCCUUAAUGCCAGCCAAAUUAUAACCAUAACACAUAAAGUAAGCAGAAUAUGUAAUUCCUUUGAAUUAAAGAAACAGAAAGAUAAUUUAUUUUACUAAAAUAUGUAAUACUCCAUUGAUAUGUGUA